UUAAUUAUUGUAUUGGAUUAUUAUAAAGUAUGAAACGCACUAAUCGCUUGUUAUUGACACGUUAUGCAAACGGUUGAAUUUUAAGCCCAAAGAAUAAAACCCAAAAAAGUAUUCAAGCUUUAACAAUGUCUUGCAACAUUUACUACGAGAACAAUAAAGUCAAUUUCCUUGUGAUUCAGCAGCACGUCCUCAAAGUUUUCGAUUGCGGUAUUAAUAAAAUUAUUUUUCUUUUGACGAAGAACAAUGACUUGCUUAUCAGUAAGUCGCAAAGUGAUAAUAAUAAUAGUUUAACAACAUUAAAGGAAGGUGUGAAAGAUGCUGCAUACAGCUAUCCAAUGUUUUAUAUCGUCGAUUCCAAUGGCGAUAUUUUUAAAACAAAUGUCGAACAAAUUAAUGAGAAUCGCUGGGAUCGAAUUGAAAGUGAAUUUAAGAUCCAGGAGAUUAGUGUUAAUGGCGAUGGUGUUCUGAUGAUAUCUGAAGAUCGAGAAUUGAUUGGAAUGGGUGAUUUUGAGAACGUCAUUAAGGCUGAUGAACCAACAAAAAUUGAAUGCUUCAGCAAUUUUAACAUUCUUCAAGUUUGCACGGGCGAUAAUUUCGCAAUUGUUCUUGUGCAACAAAAAUUGCCAGUCGAUGAUAAUCGCAACAGUUUUCAUGAAGACACAUUUAUAGAACGAACAAAGCAAUUGGGUUGCAGUAUUCUUAAAACACAAGUUUGGUCUUUCGGGUCGAUCAACAAAGGACUUCUUGGCACUGGCGAUCACAUCAAGCGAAGUGACACUGCAGUUGUUGUUAAACUAGCUGACAUUGGAGUCAAUAAAAUCUUUUGUGGAAGCCAUCAUGCUGCUGCUUUAACACUCGAUGGUCGUUUGUAUCUUUGGGGCUUUAAUGACUAUCAACAAAUUUCAUUGGAUCCAAAUGUUUCCGAUUUAAGUGCACCAACGGAAUUUAAAUCAGAAAUCAAUGGCAAAAUAUCUAAAAAUGUUCUCGCUGUCGCUUGUGGUUUAUCAUCAACUGUAAUCUUACUCAACGAUCUAACUUUUAGAAUCCUCGGAAGAAACGGCUCGCAAGAUCAAAACGAAGAGUUUGCUAGUGAAAUUAAGUACGAACAUGAUGCAGGCUCACAAAAUCAGAACAACGACGAUCAAAAGGAACUCAAAUCCAUUCCAUAUGUGGUAAGUCACGGAAAAGUGCUUCUAGUCAAUCGAAAGAAUAUUCCAAUGUUUCUCUUAAACUACUUUACGGACGAACAAAAGAUGGUGAAGACGAUGAUUAAUGCUCAAUUGAAAUAUGUGAAACCUUUAAGAAAUUUUUAUGAAGAAACAUCGAAAUUGAUUGAAGCAUACGAGAAUCUUGUUUAUGUUUCAAUUGUCAACCUUCAAACGUGUUUUGAUUAUUUAACAAUGAACUGCGAACAUCUCUUAGAGAACACAAUCGUGAAUGUUCAUUUUACUGAAAUAAUUCGCGAGUUUCAUCGAUAUUUGCGCCAUGUUUGUGAUAUCAGAUCGUUUUAUUCGCUUGAUCAUUAUUCGAAAUCAAUUGAACGAAAGAUCUUAAAAAUUGUUCUCGAGAAGCCUUUUUCUUGUCUCGAGACAUUUGAGAAGCAACUUGACUUGAUCUAUGAUCUUCAUCUUUACAAUAAUCCAAAUAUUCUCGCUUCGUCGGUUGACAAUGCUGUGAUUGAAGAGCUAAAGUGCCAAACAGUUGAAAGGAAGAAAGCGAUAAAAGAUUUCGUGAAGACGACAAUUCCAUUGAGAAUAAAGGAAGCUGACGACACGUACACAUUUUGGCAGCUACUCAAUGAAUCACAAGGAAAAUUUGAGCUUCAUUCAAUGGAAAGACGAUUCAUUCUUGAUUCACAAAGCAUCGCUUUGAAACUUCAUGAUCGAACAAACAUUUUCAGUAGCAAUCGAUUUAUUCUCUUCAAUGACUACCUCGUGUGCCUUUUGAAUCGACCAGAACUCAUUCCAAUUCAUCUCGUUUGGAUACAAUCAUUUAAUACACAAAGCACAGCAAAGUUUUCGUUUAAGAUUGUCACACCUGAAAGUCAUCACAAAGUUUAUGCUUUGACGUCGAAUGAUCGAAAUGAAUGGCAAACGAAAAUUCGUGAUUGUGUUUGGAGAUCGUUAAGAAUUAAUCGUGGUAGCAAUCAAGCACUUCCUUUAAGUCGAUAUGGAAGCUACAAGUUUUCAGAAAAGAAUCCAAAAUAUCCAAAUUAUGAGGUUGAAGGACGUUGGUUUGAAGGGAAGUUUCAUGAUUUGUGCCACAUUAGAAUUCCUUCGAUUAAUCGAAUUUUCAAAUGUCGAAUCAGUAAAUCAGGUGAAGUCAAUGGUUGUGGUUUAGUUGAAGAUGACACAUUUAUUUAUCAUGGAGAUUUCUUACAAGGAAAACUUCAUGGAUAUGGCAGUUGGAGAUCAAAAUCUAAAGGAACAAAUUAUCAAGGAUUCUUUAAAUACGACAAAUUUCAUGGUUUUGGAAUACUCUCGAACACAAACAGUGCUUAUUACGGUGAAUUUGUGAGUGGAGUAAGACAUGGUUAUGGCGUUGAAGAUGAUGGAAUAACGGGGAACAAAUACAUUGGAAUGUGGCAAGAUGGAAAGCGUCAUGGCGCUGGAAUUCUAAUCACAAUGGACGGUUCAUAUUUCGAAGGAAUUUUCACCAAUAACAACUUAUCAGGCGAUGGUUUAGCCAUCUUUCCAAAUGGUUCUUACUACAUUGGUGAAGUAACUGUUAAUGCACCGAGUGGCAAUGGAUUGUUACAUCUUCCUGAUGCUGAGAUUAUUGAAGAGAUCAUGGAACUUGAUGAUGGACAUUUGAAGAUGAAAGGAAAUGUUUUGAAAGGUGUUCUUGGUGGAACUUGGGAUAAAAUUGCAAUCACUAAUGGAAACCUUCUGAUGAAUGAAAUUUUCCUUAAAACUCCAAAUUCUUCAAAUUACUUGAAAAUAAAGCCAGAAAAAAAGUGGUCGACAAUAUUUGACAAUUGGAGAGAGUCAGUUUUUGGAACGACAACCUACCCUGAACAGCUGGGAAUCCACGAUCGAUGGAAUCGCGUAUCAAUUUACAUGACAAGAAAAAAGAAUUUUGAAAAUGAUGUGAAAAAGAAUUUUUCGUUGAUGGUUCGUGAGAGUUCAAGUGAAAGCUUAGAGUUGGAUGAACAGCCUUUGACCAAUUAUCAACAACAGCCAAUAACAAACUUUGGACGUUCCAACUCUUCGACAGAGCUUUACAUGAAAGAAUCCUCGAAUGAUUUCGAUACGACGUCGUUAAGAAGUUUCAGCGAAUAUUCAAUUGCCGACUCAAUCAUCAAUGCAAGCAAAAAGUCACAAGUCAAAUCAGUUUGUGAAUUAGAUUUUGUUCCUUCUUUUGUCAAUAGCACUUUUGACACUCUUGAAUCGAUUGAAGAGCUCAAAGAAUAUUUUCAAACGAACAUCGCUAACGAUCAACAUCCACUCAGCAGUCUCGUCCGAAACAUUCAGCGAAGUUUCUGUGCAAGUUAUGGGAAUUGGAAAUGCAAACCGACGUCGAUUUUAUCGAAGAUUGCGAUGGCUGAAUGGAUUUCUAUAAUUAAACGAGUUUACAUGGUUUUGAGGCUUUUCUUUCCUGGCCUUCCACCAUGCAACAACAAUGACGACAACAAACAAUUAAAUGGCUAUGAAGAGAAGGACGAAAAUUGUAAACUUCUCGCUCCACUCAACUUCAUGCAUCAACUUUUGUUAAACGACGAAAUUUAUUCUUGUUUCUUCCUUCUUUAUGCCAGUAAAAGUUCAAAGCAAGACGAACUUUACAGUCAACGUUUGAUGACGUGCGAAAAGAAAACAAACGAAGAACUUCGUAAUUUAUUGAAAAUUGAACCUUAUUUGAUUCCUUUACUUGAAGAUGCGAAAUUUUAUGAAGCCAUUCGAACAUUUAAACGUUUGAGUGAGAAAUAUUGUCCAUCAGAGAUGCUUGAAGUGAUUCGUGACACUUAUCAAUUGAUUUCCGAUUGUGCAGCGAAAAUUUCUACACGCGGCGAUCUUCUGUCAGCUGACAAUCUUCUCGCUAUCACAAUUUAUUUAAUAAUUAAAGCAAACAUUAAUCAUUUGGGUGCUGAACUUUCACUUCUAACCGAUUUAAUGGAAGAUGAUUUCGAGAAGUUAAUCAAUAUGGAGCAAUAUAUUUACACAACUGUUAAGAUUGGCUAUUUGCACACAAUUUCGACGAGAUUCUUUCAUAAUUGA